CGGUUUGGUUUCCCUUCAGUGGGCUCACUUUAGAAGCUGCCGACUAGGCAGCAAACAUUACCACCAACAUGCAAUUCGCCACGGGGAGCUCGGAUGGCCAGCAUAGCGCAGCAGAGAUGAAGAAGGAACCUAUGCCGGUACUGACAGCUGAAGCAAACCGCCUUAAAGCGGUUUACAUGAGUCCGGAGCAGGAGAGGAUCAGUUAUUUGGAGAGGAAGCUCAUCGAGCUUAUGAAAGCGUUGGAGAACGAGAAGUCCGAGAACGAGCGGUUGACUGCUGCUUUGGAUGAGCGUGAUGACAUGCUGAGUGAAAGCAGAACCGAACUCAUUCAAGCGUACGAGACCAGCAUGCAGAUCAGGGCAGACAUGCUAGAGCUGCUGCAAUACUACACUAUGACCCAAAAAUCCGAGACUCCAGAAGAUUAGCGGCCGAACUGGUUUGUGGGUAAAGCAACCAGGAGCAAGCACCAUUCAUGAAAGUAGUGAAGCUUUACGCAGGGGGUUUGAUAUCAUAAAUUAAUCGCAGUCAAAUUCGUGUUGCU